AACACGUGUUUCACUGGGACAAUAGUGAGUGGUGCACACUUCCUUCGCCCGGCCACAGAAGACAAAAAAGAGUUGCUGGUGUAACAAUAGGAAGAAUAUAUUCCACUCCUCUCUUGUACACGCGGCUUAUGAGAUGAACGCUCGUCAAGAAGAACGUCCCCUUCAGCAACAGGAGGAUCCACAGCCCCCCCACAUUAAAGAGGAAGAGGAGGAAGUGUGGAUCAGUCAGGGGGGAGAGUGUCCUGUAGGGCAGGAGGAGGCUGAUGUCAGCAAGUUUCCACUGACUGUUGUCUCUGUGAAGACUGAAGAGCAUGAAGACAAACCACCUGAGUCCUCACAGCUUCAUCACAGUCCAAACGUCCAGCAGGUGUCAGCAGAGAGUCAUGAAGAGAUUCCCUCCAAGCAGCAGGAGUGGAGCUCCAGUGUGGGACAAAAGGAGCUACAGGCCCCCUCCCACGUUAAAGAGGAAGAGGAGGAACUGUCGAAGCAGCUUCAAAGGUUGGUGGAGGAUAAUGAUGAAGAUGAAGCUCAGUCCUUACAGCUUCAUCACAGUCAAAGUGAGGAGAACAGAGGGGCGGAGCUUGUAAGUCAACACAUCACAGAAGCUGAUGGAGAGCAUUGUGAAGAUAUAAAGUCGGAACCAGACAGCAUCUUUGCUCCACUGUCAGACAUGGACCACAUGAUGUCAGACUCUUCUGAUCACAGUGACCACAUCCAAAAACCUUUGGAGAGUAAAAAUGACUCUAAAGGUGAUACAAGACAUCACACUAACAACAAAGACUCUGACUGCUCUGAAUGUGGGAAAUCAUUUAGACUGAAGAGUGAUUUUACAAGACACAUGAGAAUACAUACUGGAGAGAAACCUUUUACUUGCUCUGUUUGUAAGAAAAGUUUCUCCACAAAGCAACACAUGACCACACACAUGAGAACACACACCGGAGAGAAACCUUUUACUUGCUCUGUUUGUAAGAAGAGUUUCUCCGUUAAGCCUGCCAUGACCAGACACAUGAGAACACACACUGGAGAGAAACUUUUUACUUGCUCUCUUUGUAAGAAGAAUUUCUCCAGAAAGUCUAACAUGACCGAACACAUGAGAACACAUACUGGAGAGAAACCUUUUACUUGCUCUGUUUGUAAGAAGCGUUUCUCCACAAAGCAGCAUAUGAUCACACACAUGCAAACACAUACUGGAGAGAAACCUUUUACUUGCUCUGUUUGUAAUAAGUGUUUUUCCAGAAACCCUGACAUCUCCAUACACAUGAGAACACACACUGGAGAGAAACCUUUUACUUGCUCUGUUUGUCAGAAGAGUUUCUCCACAAAGUCUAACAUGACCUCACACAUGAGAACACAUACUGGAGAGAAACCUUUUACUUGCUCUGUUUGUAAGAAGACUUUCUCCACAAAGCCUAAGAUGUCCGCACACAUGAGAACACAUACUGGCGAGAAACCUUUUACUUGCCCUGUUUGUAAGAAGCAUUUCUCCACAAAGCUUGUCAUGACCAGACACAUGAGAACACACACUGGAGAGAAACCAUUUAGUUGCAAUGUGUGUGAUAAGAUGUUCCGGCAUAAGUGUCAGGACAGUAAACACAAGUGUGUAACAGUCAUGGAAGCUUCAAGUGUGAGAGUAAAGUGUUGUGAUUGUGUGAAAAUGUGCGAAAGAACUAUAGCAAAGUAUGAGGAGGAACUUUGUCUUACAAAAGAGGAGAAGGAGCGACAACAUCAACUACUGGACGCUGUUUUCAAGAAACAUCAAGUUGUGUUACACAGAACAGACGUCCAGCAGCCCCCUCACAUUAAAGAGGAAGGGGAGGAUCCACAGCCCCCCCACAUUAAAGAGGAAGGGGAGGAUCCACAGCCCCCCACAUUAAAGAGGAAGAAGAGGAUCCACAGCCCCCACACAUUAAAGAGGAAGAAGAGGAUCCACAGCCCCCCCCACAUGAAAGAGGAAGAGGAGGAAGUGUGGAUGAGUCAGGAGGGAGAGUGUCCUGUAGGGCAGGAGGAGGCUGAUGUCAGCAAGUUUCCACUGACUGUUGUCUCUGUGAAGACUGAAGAGCAUGAAGACAAACCACCUGAGUCCUCACAGCUUCAUCACAGUCCAAACGUCCAGCAGGUGUCAGCAGAGAGUCAUGAAGAGAUUCCCUCCAAGCAGCAGGAGUGGAGCUCCAGUGUGGGACAGAAGAAGCUCGAGCCCACUCAUAUAGAGGAAGAAGAGGAACUGUGGGAGCAGCUUCCAAGGUUGGAGGAGGUUAAUGACGAAGAUGAUAUAAAGUCAGAACCAGACAGCAUCUUUGCUCCACUGUCAGACAUGGACCACAUGAUGUCACACUCUUCUGAUCACAGUGACCACAUCCAAAAACCUUUGAAGAGUAAAAAUGACUCUGAAGGUGAUACGAGACAUCACACUAACAACAAACACUUUGACUGCUCUGAAUGUGAAAAAUCUUUUAGACAUAAGAGUAAUUUUACAGUACACAUGAGAACACAUACUGGAGAGAAACCUUAUACUUGCCCUGUUUGUAAGAAGAGUUUCUCCAGAAAGCAAUACAUGACCACACACAUGACAAUACAUACUGGAGAGAAACCUUUUACUUGCUCUGUUUGUAAGAAGAGUUUCCCCAGAAAGAAUGACAUGACCACACACAUGAGAACACAUACUGGAGAGAAACCUUUUGCUUGCUCAAUUUGUGCUAAAAGAUUCAACGCUAAGAGUGUCAUGAUAUUACACAUGAAAACACACACAGGUGAGAAACCUUUCACUUGCUCUGUCUGUAAGAAGAUUUUCAUCAGUAAGCAUCACAUGACCACACACAUGAGAACACACACUGGAGAGAAACCUUUUACUUGCUCCGUCUGUGAGAAGAGUUUCUCCUCAAAGCCAAACAUGACCACACACAUGAGAACACAUACUGGAGAGAAACCUUUUAUUUGCUCUGUUUGUAAGAAGAGUUUCUCCAGAAAGCAACACAUGACCACACACAUGAGGACACACACUGGUGAGAAACCUUUUCCUUGCUCUGUUUGUAAGAAGAGUUUCUCCAUGAAGCCUGACAUGACCACACACAUGAGAAUACAUACUGGAGAGAAACCUUUUACUUGCCCUGUUUGCAAGAAGAGUUUCUCCAGAAAGCAAUACAUGACCACACACAUGAGAACACACACUGGAGAGAAACCGAUUGUGUGAUAAAACAUUAAGUUUUAAGCAUCAGGUCAGUAAUUACAAGUGUGUAACAGUCAAGGAAGCUGCAGGGAUUUAAAAACACUUAUAAACAGUGAUUGUGCUAAAUGUACUUUAAGAACACAGCAUGAUUAAUAUGAACGUAUAUUUUAUGUUGAAUGUUGUGCUUCUUAUCUUCUACUCUUAUAUGUUGUCCUGGAAUGACUUUUUAAGUUGUGUGCAUUUAUUGAAUAUUAUAAAUGUUUCUAAAUUUUUAUUCUAAUUUCCCAUUGUUAAAGAGAGGUCAUAUUUCUUUUUUUAUUUUUUUCACACAUUUGUUCCAUUGCAUUUUAUUGAUGUUAUUCUCCAAUUAAAAGUACGAAUUAAUAAAAUUGUUAACAAAAUUUGGA